UUUCUCACAAUUCUGUGUGAUUUUUGGUAAUUUUAUAACUGAGCCUUUUGUAUUAAAAAGGCAAGUACUUGCUUUUCCACCCACUCUCCCCUCCUCCGGAGCACCACUCACUCUGAGCUUCAGACUUUUGCUAAGCUAGUGCCACCAUCGUCUUCAGCCACCAUCAUGAUUAUCUAUUGGGACCUCAUUAGCCACCAUGAGAUGUUCUCCAACAUCUACAAGGUCCGUGAGAUGGAGGACAGGCUGUGCCUGGAGGUGGAGGGGAAGAUGGUCAGUAGCAUAGAAGGUAACACUGAUGACUCGCUCAUUGGUGGAAAUGCCUCCGCUGAAGACCCUGAGGACAAAGGUACUGAAAGUACAGUAAUCACUGGUGUUGAUAUUGUCAUGAGCCAUCAACUGCAGGAAACAAGUUUCACAAAAGAAGCCUACAAGAAAUACGUCAAAGAUUACAUGAAAUCAGUAAAAGGCAAACUUGAAGAACAGAGACCAGAAAGAGUAAAACCUUUUAUGACAGGGGCUGCAGAGCAAAUCAAGCACAUUUUUGCUAAUUUCAAAAAACUACCAGUUCUUUACUGGUGAAAACAUGAAUCCAGAUGGCAUGGUUGCUCUAUUGGAUUACUGUGAGGAUGGUGUG